AUGUCGCCUACAAUGCACGUGUGCCGCUGCUUCAUGCCCAUGCACUGCAGUAGUACUGCCAGUUCUGCCAGUACAGCGGCUUUGUCGGUGUCACCGACUCGACUCCGAGCAACGAUGGCACCUACAUUCUCACAGGCAUCCGGGUACUACGGUCGGCGAGACAAUCCAUCCAUUCUCGCCGCUGGCCACGACGACUUCGACUUUGACUUAGCUGACGACUGGAAUGGCCAAGAUAGAGAUUCGACUUCGCGUUGGCGAAAGUCGUGCCCAGACAAAAGGCAUCUCCCAUCCGCUUCACGUUGGGGCUCGCGUCUUACAUCGCUGUCAUCCAGUGUCGUCGGGGCGGGCUCAGCUCUGACGAAGCAACUCAAUGUGGGCGACUCGACUCGGCGGGCAAUCGACCAACUCCGUAAAUCUAUGAUUGAGGUUUCGACCCGCACCGAUGCUUCGCUCAAAGCUUCCUUGCCUAUCCGGCACCGGUUCAGCGAAGCGGACAUUGACCGAUUCGAAGACGAACCUGAGAGCGAGAAAGCUGGCGGCGAGGACAUGGAAGAGAAAGCUAGUGCGAAAUUUGAAGCUCGAAAUCUCAAGGUGUUUAAAGAUAUCCGUUUCGAUGACCAGGCCACGACAGAAACUACCUACCAAGUUACACGUCUAGCUGCGUGGUUGGCUGAGUUUGAGGCCAACCACCAUCAAAAACUGCUGCCAGCGUCAAGCACCGACAUUUCUUAA